AGUGACGCGAGCGCAGUAUAGCACUAGACUAGGUUACACACCCACGUGUUUAUAAUUAAAAAAGUAUUAUCAGUGAUAAAGUGACAUAAAUAUAUAUAAAACAACAAUAUGGCGGAGCCGGUGAACUUACUAAAAUUGGACCCUAGUGAUUUCAAAGAGUUCUUGGAUUCAUUCGAUCAUGUGUUUUCGGAUUGUGACGGUGUAAUAUGGUCAAAUGGAACACUGCCUGGAGCUGGAGAUUUCUUCGAGAAAAUAAAAAAACACGGUAAAUCCGUACAUUAUGUAUCAAAUAACAGUUUGAGGACCAGGCAAGAUUACGAGAAGAGAUUCCAUUCAGCAAACAUUGAAAAUGGUUUCGAUAAUCUUACAGUACCUUCAAUAGCGAUAGCUGAAUAUUUGAAGUCUUUAAAUUUCAACAAGAAAAUUUAUUGUGUGGCCUGUCCUGAGACAAUGCGAGUUUUAGAAAGAGCCGGGUUCCAAUGUUUUGAAGGACCAGAAGUCGGCUCUGAAAACUAUCGGGACUACUUGAUAUAUCUCGAAGAUGAUCUUGAUGUGGGAGCGGUGGUGUUUGACAGCGACUUCAGAGUGAACCUUCCGAGACUUUACAAAGCCCUAACGUACCUGAAAAGGCCGGAGGUACUAUUUAUAAACGGUGCGACGGACAGGCACGUGCCGUUUAAGCCCGGCUGUAUGGUUUUGGGAACUGGAGCCUUCACUGAUUUAGUUGUGGACGAAACGAAACGGCAACCAGUACAGUUGGGUAAACCAGGCAAACUUUUUGGAGAGUUUGCAAUGAAACGAGCUGGCGUAACAGAUCCAAAUAGGGUGCUUUUCAUUGGUGAUAUGAUCAAGCAAGACGUAGGCCUUGGAAAAUCUACAGGAUUCAAGACUUUACUGGUUCUAACGAACACAAGCAAAGACGAGAUGAUAGCCAAUCAAACCCUAAGACCUGAUUAUUACGCAGAAUCAUUAGGGAGUAUAGUACCGUUACUAUGAAACAGAUGGCGGUAAAUUAUAUUUUCAACAGAUCUGUGUAAUGGAGAGUAUUAAUAAUUGGAUUACUAUACACAAUUAUAAUAGAAAUUGAAAAAACAUUGUAGUCCUAUUCGGAAUUCCAUCCUAUAAUGUACUUAGGUUGGUGUUGUACUUAUGUAGGUGUAUAGUAGUCUCUAAACUAGCAAGUUUGAUUCCAAAUCGGGUUUACGUAGAAAAAUAACACUUUCAAUAUAAAUACUUUCAUCACUUUCAUUAUCUCUUAUAUUUUUGUAUCUAGAUAAUACAUUUUCUUCACAUUUCGCAAUAUAAAACUUGAAAAGAAUAAAUCAUACAAUGCCAGAAGCAACUGCUGUGACUUUUUUGAAGCAAUUAAAAAUAAAUUACAUAAACCAUUAAACAUUGACAUUGAUUUUUUUAGAUGAGCAAUAAAGGUAAUGCUGUUAGUGAAGGAAAAUUAUAAUCACAAUUUUUUUUGUAAGCAAUAUUUCUGUAAUUGUUCAUAUUUACCAGAAUCGGGAAUGUUAUUAUGUAGCUCGGUGGCGUAGUGGAUCGUUGUCGAUAAGCAACUUUCGCAAGCGUUGGUCACGGGAUGGGUGACCAAAAACAAUAUUAUCUCGAGCUACUCCGUACUUCAACGAAGGCAAGGAAGGCACGCUAAGCCGUUGGUCCCGGCUGCAUUUGCAGUCGUUAAUACCCUCCAAUCCGCAUUGGGCUUGGUGUGGAGGGUCAUGGCCCAUCCUCCUUAACCAUCUAUAAGGAAGGCUUGAGCCCCUGCUGUGGGGACGUAAAAGGGCUGAUGAUGAUUUAUUUUCCUUUAUAUCUUCUCCAUCGCUAAACUCACGCAACUCAAAUGAAUCGCAAAACACAAUUCGCAUAUAGAGGCAUUCACAUAAUUGUAAUAAUUAUGUUAGUGAAAUUUUAUUUUAUGAUUAAAAAGAUUCAAUU